AUGAAGAAAGCCCUCAAUAAGUUCUACGUCGACAUGGACAAGUACCUGUACAGUCUGGGCCUCUACAGGAAGAUGGUGGCCCGGGACGCGUGCAGUCUGUUCCGAGCCGUGUCUGAGCGGUAUUACUCUCAGAACUACCACCGGAGGGUCCGUCAGCACUGCGCUAACUUCAUGAGAGCCAACAGAUGUAAAUUUGAGCUGUUUGUUGAAGGUUCCUUUGAAAAGCAUCUGGGACGUGUGGAGAACCCGAACGAGACGGUGGGUCAGGUGGAGAUCAAAGCUUUAUCUCAGCUGUACAGGUGUUGUUUCCUGAUCUACGAUUACCCGGGGAUUCCAGCCAAAGUGAUCUCAGAGGACAACUUCGUAGUUGAGGUGAUGCUGUCCCACUCCAUCAAUGGUCACUAUGACAUCAUUUACCCAAGGACUUACCACGCCUCUGCCGCCCUCCGUCAGUCUCUCCUGUAUGAGCUGUUCUACACUCGGGUGUUUUUGUCAGAAGAGACGGAGCUCUGUCAGGCGAUGGAGGCCUGCAGAGUUGGAGGUCAGCGCUAUAGACACAGCACACCUGAGGAUCAAGCUCACAGCCGGGAGGAUGUGGAGUCCGGGGGAGCAGCGGUAGUGACGCGAGGAGCUGUGAGAGAGGGGGGAAAGGUGGGGGUGGGUGUGGGAGUGGGGAUGGUGGGGGGAGGCAUGAUCCAUGGUGUCACCUGCAGGUUUGUUCUGAAGCUCAAAACUCGUCAGAGAAAUGGAGCAAAAUUGAAUGUUUUUAUUGGUCAGUGUCCACUAGAAGCCCCGCCCCGCGCCAGACUGUCUCUUUCAUAUAAGGUGAUGAGGUCUCUGGACGCAGAGUAUUACAGAGAUGUGGAGUUUAACAUCCGGCUGGAUACCUGCGAAGAGAUGCAGAAGACAGACUACAAGUUGUUUGCAGGAAGGCAGUACCUCCUGGGAGACAAUUGUCAGGUGCAUUUGGAGGCAAUAGGGAAGUACUCCAACGCUUUCAAUCAGGAAGUAGAAACAGACUCCACGGCCGUCACCCUCAUCAUCGAGGAACUCAGAAAAAAACACCCGGACCUGAAACCAGUGAAUCCAGUUCCUGCCUGGAAUGUUGCUGCUCCUACCAGAACAGGAGACCUUGACUUGGACUCUCGUGGUGGGCGUCAUCACCACCAUUGCAACUUCAGGAAGAUUCAUGGUGGCAAUGGAGGGCCGGGGACAGAGCUUCUGAUGCCACCACCAUCCUACUAUGGAGGCCCAGCCCCCUCUGCACUACCCCCCCGCUUGCAGCAAGUGGGUCACCCUCACCCGCAUCCCCCGCCGUUCCCAGGAGCCAUGGCCCACGACCCCUCUGCUCCCCCACACCACCACCCCAUAGCCAGAACUCCUGACUAUGAUGCCUCCAGGUGGGACUUGUUGUCCUGGAUGUUCAACAGACUCCUGUUCCCCCCAACGGACCUGAAUCCAGUUCCUGCCUGGAAUGUUGCUGCUCCUACCAGAAAUGGAGACCUUGACUUGGACUCUUGUGGUGGGCGUCAUCACCGCCAUUGCAACUUCAGGAAGAUUCAUGGUAGCAGUGGAGGGCCGGGGACAGAGCUUCUGAUGCCACCACCAUCCUACUAUGGAGGCCCAGCCCCCUCUGCACUACCCCCCCGCUUCCAGCCAGCUGGUCACCCCCACCAGCAAACCCCGCCGUUCCCAGGAGCCAUGGCCUACCACCCCUCUGCUCCCCCACACCACCACCCCAUAGCCAGACCUCCUCGCUAUGGAGCUUCCAGGUGGGACUUGUUGUCCUGGAUGUUCAACAGUCGAAGUUGCCAUCAGCUGGCUGCUCUUAAUAAAGAGUGUCAGUUUGGUUUCUCAGAGCCGAUGGAGGACCUAUCUGAUAUGGACCCAGCCAUCGUGUGCUACCAGCUUGAGGGCGGGGACACCGUGUUCCCUCUACUGCCGAAGAAACAUUAAAGAUGGAGUCACAAAGGAGGACAAGGAGAUCCAGCUGCUACCCUGCAGAAGUUCGAAUGUUCUUGAUGCAUAAGAAAAAAACAUUGUUUUAGUUUACAGUUCUGUUCCAGAUAUUCAAAUAAAGAUAAGUUCUAAAGCCCUCCAGCCCUGACAGCUAAAUCUUUUGGUUAUACUGAUGAUGGAAGAUUCUGUACUGUGAUGGAGAGGUACUGAUAUCUUCGGAGCCCCCUUGUAGUGCAGGUCAAAUUGAUCCAGAGACCAUAUGAAGGACCAUGCCCUAUCUGGUGCCCCAGGGUUCCUGUUGUCCUUGCUGAGUUCAUCUGGCUGGAUUGGCAAAAGUAUAGGCCCCAGGGCAGUGGCACAGUUCAAGAAGUGCCAAUGAGACUGAACCAAGAGCCUGCUACAAUAGGGGGGAAUUGGGGUUAUUGAGUUUAGUUCAUUAGUAGUUAAUGUAUUAAUGCGUUGUGUCAUUCCUCUUGUGUGUCUUUGGCCUGAUCAGCCACUAUUGAACCCCCCUGUGUUCUUUAUUUGUUAGGUUGGUCACAAAGGAGGUUGAUGACAUGCAUGAAGAUGCAUAGAAAAUUCUUGAAGUCAUAAUGUUUUUGAGAAAGAAACCAAUUGGUUGUGUAUAGUUCAGUUCUACAUGUUCAAUUAAAACUAAAACAUUUCA